CCGACGACUCUGAAGUCUGUGAAGUCUUUACCUGAGGUGAUCUCAGAGACUGUGGGAGAGACAGAGAGAGAAGAUGAGCUUGGGUUUGGAGGGGAAGAAUGUGAUACUGGUUCCAUACAUGAGAGAGCACGCACCCAAGUACCAUGAAUGGAUGCAGGAGCCAUCAAUGCUUCAAGCUUACGGGUUCGGAGCCACUAACAUUGGACCAAGAGUACGAUAUACAGCUCUCUUGGAACCAGGACCCCAACAAACAGACUUUCGUUGUCUUGGAUAAGCAAUUGGUUGUUGGAGACUUUUUCCAUGGAGAUCCCCCUGUCGAGGGUAAAUCUUUUAGGGGGCAAUAUGUCAAGGAACAAACAAUACAUUAUACAUGUGUAGCUAUGGUUGGUGAUGUGAAUAUAUACAUGAUUGACUUGGAAGAUACACAACUGGCGGAGAUUGAAAUAAUGAUAGCUGAACCUAAGAGUCAUGGCAAAGGGCUUGGAGAGGAAUCGAUCCUGAUGGUGAUGACUUUUGCAGUUGAGAAUUUUGGGAUCCACAUAUUCCGUGUUAAAAUGGGAGAAUCAAACACAGCAUCCCUCAAUCUGUUCCGGAAACUGCAGGUGACAUUAGAGUGGCCAGUGAGGAAGCCCAAAGCUGAGGAGCUACAGAAUCUAUAUGGUAAUCUGAUUGUGCAUUCACAGCAAUCAACACCUGAACUUCGUCAAAUCAUUUCAUUUUAUUUUUAUCUUUCUUCGACUUAUUAUCAUCACUGGUUUGGUUUGCCUCUCUUCACGUUAAAGCUCUAGAAUGGUCCAGUCCUAUGUGUUUCCCCUCAAAUUCUCUAUUGCUAGGAUCUUAAACAUUGAAAAUUUUAACUUAAACCAUGUCACAUUCACACUUGAUGACAAAAUACUCUUAUAAAUGAGUUAUAACUUAGUAUUUUCUGCUUAAUUCCAUAAAAUUAUAUUUUCUAAACCUAUUGGAACACCACCUUUGGACAGGGUUAUUGUUGGUCAUCACUUGAAUUUGGAAAUUGUUAAGAUAUGAACUGUGGUUAGUCAUGGUAGAGAGGGGGGGGGGGGUGUCCCUAUUGUGAUAUGUUUGGUCUUCUAUAGUUUUCCUAGUUGGAGUCUAGUUAGAUUAAGUUGUGCGUGUGUGUGUUUUGUAACCUACUCAGAGACUGAAUCUGAUUGGUUAUUAUUAUAAGUAGUUCAUUGGUAGACCACAAUAGGGAUGUUGAACCUUCAUGGGUUUAGCUCUCUCUUCUACUUUGCAGGUACUGGUUACAGAUCCUGAUUUGUUACAGAAAUAUUCAGCAAGAGUUCUAGGAAGAAAUUUUGAAGGAAGGACAGAAGAGUUAGAAGUGGGCAAUUACUCCCAAGGGUGGAGGCUUUCCUAUGGUUUGUAGACCUGAAUAGGUUGCUUAAGUUUGAUCAUUAAUCAAGUCUGUCCAAUCUUGGCCCCUACGGUGGCAGGAAAAUCAGAGUUGUUGUUGAUUUAACAUUAGCCCCAAUUGUAGUCAAUGGGCCCACUACAGCUAAGAUUGUCAUGUCCUUAUUUGCAUAUGACACUGGAAUACUAAGGCCCCUCAGCUUCAAUGAUGGGUUGUAAUUGUUUAUUGGUGUUUGGUAAGCAAUCAUGCUCCCAUUUGAGUGGCUGAAAGCAACAAUAGCCUGUGACCCAUCCGUGCCUGUCCCAUUUUGAUUGAUAGCGCUAGCAAUCCAUCCCGUAUAAGCUUGAAUAGGUGUGUACACAAUAUUGACUCUUUCUGGUAGUUGCAAUGUAAUCCCAGUGGAGAUGUUAUUGAUGAUUGCUGCAGGAACUGGAGAUUCUGUUAGUUAAGAAGAUGUGCUUGGAGUAAUUUUGACCAGCAGAUGGAAAGGGCAGAAGGGAGAUAAAAAAAAUCUGGAAAUCAAAAGUUGUCUAAAUGCCAUAUCCUUCAAAAUUGGAUCUGCUAGAAAUUAGUGAGGCUCUUGGCAAAGGAGCACUUAUUUACAAUUGAAAUGAGGUUUUGAACCUUUCGGAUUUUAUAACGGAGAAAAACAGAGAAACUUGAAAUAUGUAAUUUUUCCUUUGUAUCACAAAUUGAGAACACCUACAAACAUUUAUGUUUUUCCUUUUACUAAAGUCUGCUUCUUGGGACAAAACUGUAGUUCAAUAUUCCAAUGGGAAUGAUUAUGGAACAAUGAAAAUUGGGCUUGCUCUGUAA